UUUAUAAGCGAGCGGCGAUCGGGCCCGCAGCCCGGUGUGCAGCUUUUAGCUAGUACGGAGAGAACAUGUGGGUACUCGUGCUACUAGCGUGCGUGAGUGCCGGCUGGGCGGCGCCACAGUACGCGUUGCCGGGCGCCGUGUACGCGCACGCCCCGCUCGUGCACGCUCCCGUUGUGCACGCACCCGUCGUCCAUGCCGAGCCUGUGGCUUAUCCAAAGUACGCGUUUAACUACGGCGUAAAAGACCCGCACACCGGUGACAUAAAGUCGCAACAAGAGGAGAGAGACGGCGAUGUCGUUAAAGGUAGCUACUCACUAGUGGAGCCUGACGGGUCGACGCGGACCGUGGCGUACUCGGCAGACGACCACAAUGGAUUCAAUGCGGUUGUACAUAAAACCGGACACGCCGUACAUCCCGCGCCUAUAGCAGUAGCCCCUCACUACGCUGCGCCCGCGCUCGCCAUAUCACCAUACGGAUUGCACUAACUUGACAACGAAUGCUGCCGCUCGCUAUGGCAUAAACUCGGAAAAAAUAUUGAUUAAAGUACAC